GCGGGCCCCGUCGCGAAGUUUCCAGCCUGCCUGCGAGCGCCGCGGGGACGGCCGGACGUCCGCAGACCCGGGUCAUGCGGCCGCUGCUGCUCCUGGCCCCGCUGGGCUGGCUGCUCCUGGCCGAAGCGAAAGGCGAUGCCAGGCCGGAGGACAACCUGUUAGUCCUCACGGUGGCCACGAAGGAGACCGAGGGGUUCCGACGCUUUAAGCGUUCAGGCCAGUUCUUCAACUACAAGAUCCAGGCGCUGGGCCUGGGGGAGGACUGGGAUGGGGAGAAGGGGACAUCGACGGGCGGAGGGCUGAAGGUCCGGCUGCUGAAGAAAGCUCUGGACAAGCACGCAGACAAGGAGAACCUGGUCAUUCUCUUCACAGACAGCUACGACGUGGUGUUUGCAUCGGGGCCUCGGGAGCUCCUGAAGAAGUUCCGGCAGGCCAGGAGCCAGGUGGUGUUCUCAGCCGAGGAGCUUAUCUACCCUGACCGCAGGCUGGAGGCCAAGUACCCGGCGGUGUCCGACGGCAAGAGGUUCCUGGGCUCUGGAGGCUUCAUCGGUUAUGCCCCCAGCCUCAGCAAACUGGUGGCUGAGUGGGAGGGCCAGGACAGUGACAGCGACCAGCUCUUUUACACCAAGAUCUUCUUGGACCCAGAGAAGAGGGAGCGGAUCAACAUCACCCUGGACCACCGCUGCCGUAUCUUCCAGAAUCUGGAUGGAGCCUUGGAUGAGGUGGUGCUCAAGUUUGAAAUGGGCCACGUGAGAGCAAGGAACCUUGCCUAUGACACCCUUCCAGUCCUGAUUCAUGGCAAUGGGCCCACCAAGCUGCAGCUGAACUACCUGGGCAACUACAUCCCGCGCUUCUGGACCUUCGAGACGGGCUGCGCUGUGUGUGAUGAGGGCCUGCGCAGCCUCAAGGGCAUCGGGGACGAAGCUCUCCCCACAGUCCUGGUCGGCGUGUUCAUCGAACAGCCCACGCCGUUCCUAACCCUGUUCUUCCAGCGGCUCCUCCGCCUCCACUACCCCCGGAAACAGAUGCGGCUUUUCAUUCACAACCACGAGCAACACCACAAGGCUCAGGUGGAGGAGUUCCUGGCAGAGCACGGCAGCGAGUACCAGUCUGUGAAGCUGGUGGGCCCCGAGGUUCGGAUGGCCAACGCUGAUGCCAGGAACAUGGGCGCGGAUCUCUGCCGGCAGGACCGUUCCUGCACCUACUACUUCAGCGUGGAUGCUGACGUGGCCCUGACUGAGCCGAAAACCCUGCGCCUGCUGAUCGAGCAGAACAAGAACGUCAUCGCCCCGUUGAUGACCCGCCACGGGAGGCUGUGGUCAAACUUCUGGGGGGCCCUGAGCGCAGAUGGCUACUACGCCCGCUCGGAGGACUAUGUGGACAUCGUGCAGGGGCGGCGUGUUGGCGUCUGGAAUGUGCCCUACAUCUCCAACAUCUACCUGAUCAAGGGCAGUGCCCUGCGGGCUGAGCUGCAGCAGACAGACCUGUUCCACCACAGCAGGCUGGACCCCGACAUGGCCUUCAGUGCCAACAUCCGGCAGCAGGACGUGUUCAUGUUCCUGACCAACCGACACACCUUCGGCCACCUGCUCUCCCUGGACAGCUACCAGACCAGCCACCUCCACAAUGACCUCUGGGAGGUGUUCAGCAACCCCGAGGACUGGAAGGAAAAGUACAUCCACGAGAACUACACCAAGGCCCUGGCGGGGAAGCUGGUGGAGACGCCUUGCCCAGAUGUCUACUGGUUCCCCAUCUUCACGGACACCGCCUGUGACGAGCUGGUGGAGGAGAUGGAGCACUACGGCCAGUGGUCUCUGGGAGACAACAAGGACAACCGCAUCCAGGGCGGCUACGAAAACGUGCCAACCAUCGACAUCCACAUGAACCAGAUCAACUUUGAGCGGGAAUGGCACAAAUUCCUGGUGGAGUACAUCGCCCCCAUGACCGAGAAGCUCUACCCGGGCUACUAUACCAGGGCCCAGUUCGACCUGGCCUUCGUUGUCCGUUACAAGCCUGACGAGCAGCCGUCCCUCAUGCCGCACCACGAUGCCUCUACCUUCACCAUCAACAUCGCCCUGAACCGGGUCGGCGUGGAUUACGAGGGCGGAGGCUGUCGGUUCCUGCGCUACAACUGCUCCGUCCGAGCCCCACGGAAGGGCUGGACCCUCAUGCACCCCGGGCGACUCACGCACUACCACGAGGGGCUCCCCACCACCAGGGGCACCCGCUACAUUGCCGUGUCCUUCGUCGAUCCCUAAUUGGCCAGGCCAGGCCACCUCGGACCUCUUCCUCUUUGCCAACAACCACUGCCGGGCAGCACUCUGGGGCCUCGGGGCCCCAGGGCACCUGGUCCAGCCUCUCGGCCCUUGACCUCCAUUGCUCCUGGAGCCGCAGGCAAGAGAUGUGGCCACGAGCCAGAAGCAGAGCACACCUCCUUGGCUGGGCCUUUCCUGGUGCUCUGGGCCCAGCCCAGGGAGACAUUGUUCAUGUUCAUUGGUUUGUGACAACGCGCCCUUUCCCACCCAUCGUCCUGAAAUAUCCAGUCCCUUCGUCUGCUUCUUCCACGGGGCGGGACUUGAGCCAAUCAGGGGCUUAGCCGGCUUCCAACAGAGGUGCUCCGGGUGUGAGAAGAGCCCCAGGACUUCUGCUCCCAGCAGACACAGAGACCGGAUCAGAUUCGUGCCCCCUCCCUGCCCCCGGGACUGCGGAAGCCCCUUCCUCCUUGGCGCCUGUAGUCGGAGCAGCCUGUUGUCCCCUGCAGAUGUUGACUCAGAAACCCUCCUGGGAGACAGGACAGGCCUUGACGCCGCCGGAGCUCCAUCCUCUGCGAGGGGGAGGGAGACCAUCCUUUGCGAGGGGGAGGGAGACCAUCCUCUGAGAGGGGGAGGGAGGGAGAUGUCCUGUCCCGAUGCCUCCGGAGACAGGGACAGACAGAAACAGGAGAGUUUUUAUUAAAGAUCGUUCACACCACGGA